AUGCUCUCACGCUCGAGUAACACCUCUUCCGGUCAACGAUCUCUGUCCCCCGGGAAGACCGUCACCAGGGCCAAGUCGACGAAUGAUUUAGCACAGAAUGCAAAUGAUGAUAAUAUUUUGAAGCGUACAACAUCGGCUCUACAGGGGAUCUCUGAAAGAGACUUCAACACCUUGCGGGACCCCAGGCUUACUGUCACGUCAGAAGUCUCGGAGGAGUCUUCUCAAUCAUCACACCAUCCAGAUCUCAGCAAUGAGGUUGCUGCAUUAAGUGUCAAGCUGAUUCAGGCUAUCAACAACCAGACCACGCUGGAUGAUACCCUUGUGGCUACUCGACAGGAGUUGGAAGAUGCCCAGAAAAAGUUACGGACACUCGAAGCCGAGAACCAGAAAUUUCGUCAGGAUGUUGCGGCAGGCGUUCUGAUCAAGAAAAUUGAUACUGAACACGAAAUAUUGCGUCUAAAGGCUGAUCUUGCAGAGGAAAGAGCCCAGCGUUCUCUCGCUGAGAGGGGCAAGAAAAGUAUCGAGCAGGAACUCGAGACUCUUACGGCCGCUCUUUUCGAGGAAGCCAACAAGAUGGUCGCCGCUGCCAAGUUGGAACGUGAAGCUGUCGAGAAGAAAAACGAACAACUCCGUUCACAGAUCAAGGAUACGGAAUUACUUCUUGCAUCGAAUCAAGACCAGCUUUCGGAACUGAAAUUAGUGAUUCAGGAAAUGAAUAUUGCAAAAGACGAAUCUGAUAUUACUACUCCCUCAUCUCCGGCGGUAGCCCAACAAAUGCAAGGAAUGCUCCGGAAGACUCCUGACCUGGAAAUUCCAGACAUGACUCCGAUUACAGAAGAAGUCUGCCCUGGCCCCUCGACAAGUUUUCCUCAGUUUUUCAGGGUCUCUUGCCGUACAGAUAUUCAUGCUUACGAUGAUUUUCGUGACUUGUUAGUCACGUCGAAGAGUUCGAAACCACCGAGCCGAGUUGCAAGCGGAUCAUACUCCGGAUUAAAUGUUAUGGGCCUGGCUAGUUUGGCUACCGGAGGUCUUGGAUCAGCGGCAUCUUCUCCCUCCAAGUCUAGUCAGAAUGCCUCACCAACUGGGGCUGUGUCUUCGCCUCAGCAGGCUGGUUCUCACGCACCUUUGAAGGAAACACGUUUCUAUAAGCGCGUUCUGGUGGAGGAUAUCGAGCCUACUCUAAGGCUGGAUGCCGCGCCCAGUAUCUCAUGGCUUACCCGGCGUUCUGUAAUGAGUGCCAUUUGCGAGGGUAGUCUUCUGGUUGAGCCAAUGCCAACCGCGGCCAAAGUAUUCAAUUUACCGUGCUCGCUAUGCGGAGAGCGCAGAAAUGAUGCGGAAUAUGAAAGAACCCACCGUUUUCGAACAUCUGAGAGUGAGACUGCUCAACGUUACUCGUUGUGUAUCCUGUGUCUGGAAAGGGUCCGAUCAUGUUGUGAAUUCACCGGCUAUCUUCGCCACAUCCUCGACGGCCAUAUUCGUCUAGAAGACACGGAGGAAGAAAAAGAUGCCUGGGAAGAGACAAUUCGUCUACGGGAGAGGAUGUUUUGGUCUCGAAUCGGCGGAGGAGUUAUCCCAGUGGUUAACCAUUCCUCGCCUGCCCUGAACAACUCGCAGAAUUCCAAUGGAGAUGAAAUUGAACCCUCCGAAAUGGAAGCCCAUAAAAUCAUCGACGUUCAACAACCAGCGGCCGAUUCUACCUGUCUGACUCCAGAGAACAUUCCGGAGUCUGCUGUUGAUGAGCCUGAGCCUAAUUCUGGUUAUACCACACCCCUCGAGGAUGGUGAACCUCAAGAAGUGCCUAAUGGAUCAACUGAAGAUGAUUCAAGAUCUGUGUCUACGGAAAUACAGACCCCAGCUGAUCCUCCUGCUAGCAUCGAAGCAGAGGAAACAAUCACUGGCCUGACAGCCGAGGGUGAGCCUGAAGAGACACCAGAGCUUUUUAAUGAAGAUGAAUCUGGGCCAGUUUCCACGGAGGAACAAAUCCCAAUAAAUUCUACCGCCAGUACUCCGGCUGAAGAACCUAAUGAUAGCCCGACAACUGUCGAUGAACCGACGACAACCCAUGAAACCACUACCGAAAAUGAUGAGAUUCCAAAUAGCAAACUCGAGCCAAUCUCGAACAGCCCAUGA